CCCACGCUGGAUGCUGCUAGCCUUCUGUUUUCCCGCAACCCUCAGGUCUGGGCUUCUCUACAAGGUCUGCCAGCCCUGACAGAAACAGCUGCUACAGAUCCCAAGUGCUUUCUCUCUGCAAAGCAGGAAUACACUGGCCUACAGUGGAGACUGGAAGUGUCUGGAGGCCUUGUCUGGGGACAAGGGCCUUGCAGGCAUCAUGGAUGAAGCCACCCUCUCAGGCCCUGCCCCCGGAUGUUCUACUCUUCUAUCCCGAUCUCUCUCUUCAAUCCCUAGUCCCUGUGAUUUCAGCAGGAAAAUAUCUAGAAUUGUGUUCAAACCACAGGGUCAGGCAGAGUGAACUUGUUUUUGAGACAAAAACCUGAAGCUCUGCUCUUUGGGCUCUGAGUGAAUGUGGCUCUGCAGUGGCCGGUAGCCCGGUGUGCUACCUCUGCGAGAGAUUGGCAGUCCCAGUUCACCCCCAUCGGGGUCUAGGAUGAACCAGUCACCAGCUAAGUUCCUGGCCUCACUGCUUCCUCACGCCCUACCCUGCCUCAUGUCCACUUCCUCUCUGAAGACAGGACUCAGUUGUUCUCUGUCUUCUUUGCUUGUGAGUUGGUCCUAGCUCCCCACUCUUUUUCAGGCCAGUAGCUGCCUGGGGUGUAAGGGCUAGACUAGGGUGGUGUGUCCUGGAGCUAGAAGGGGGGUUAGAACUGGACCACACCUAAUUGUCAGCAGUAAUGGGAGGAGCUUGAGGCAGAGGAUUUAAGAGGCAGACUCUUGGGAAGAGGCUGAAAAGCAGAGUGUCUGGCCAAGAAGACAGUCCCUGAGCCAAAAAAAAAAAAAGAAGCUGCAAGGACUUUGUAGAGUAAGCAAGGAGCCUUGGGCCUGGAUGGAAGAUGUGGGCCUAUAUUGUGUGCCCGGUGCAUUGUAGGUGCUUUGUUGAAUAAAUAAAUGAAGGAAGGAAUGAACCAGGUGUAGACAUGUAAUUUAAGGUUCUCCCACACCCAAGUCAGGUAGCUUUCCUGUUCAGAAGUUUUUGGUUACCCUCUCACUCCCCACACAUCUGUUCUGUGCCAGGCCUGGACUAGGUAUGUAGGGUGGCGAGGCAAAGAGAGAGGGGAGUGGGACUCAGUCCUGCCGCUGAGGUUCUCACAAUUGAUGUGGGGAAGAUGGGCAUGGCCACACACAGCUGCAAUGCGCUGUUUCCUGACUUUUGUGAGUCUCAACUCCUGCAGACCUGCUACCUCUUUCUAUAGCCAACUUACUACCACUUCCUUUACUACCCUAAAAUGAAACUCCUAGAAAAUAUAACCCAUGCACACACAUAAUUUCACCCUGAAGACACUGCUUGAGGUCUCUGCAAAUUGAACUAGGUUAAACUUUGGACAUCAGUAUCAAUCACAUGCUAAAUGUUAUUAAUGAUAUUAUUAAUAUUAAUGUAUAUUGCUUAUUGAGAAUGUUCUGUGUUGCCAGGUACUUUCUACAUAUUGUUUUAAUCUUUGUACUAACUCCAUGAGGUAGACAAUGUUACCAUCCCCAUUUUACACACAAGGAAAGAGAGGUAAUGAAAAGUUUCCUUAGGAAAUUGCCUGAAGCCACACAGUAAAUGGCUGAGCCGGGAUUCGACCCCAAGCACUCUAGCCUCAAACCCGUACUCUUUCCAUGAUACUUUGCUCCCUCAGAAACAGCUUCUUUAGUACAGACCCUUUUCUUAGGGGCUGCCAUGCAUCAAAAUACUCUGAGACCUCCUCUUGGCCGAUGUGGUCCCUGUCCCUCUUGAGCCACACAUGUUGAUUAUUCUGGCAAAUAUUUACCCUCCAUUUUACCUGGGUUCUACUUUCCUGAGCCCUUGUUUUUCCCCCUCUCCAGGCAACUGGAAAUUCAAGUUUUAGGUAGGCUAUUUCUUAGACAGGAGUGGAGAUUCUGCAAGUACUAAAUAAACUGACCAAGCCACGAGGAAACCGGCUGAGUCCUACGUGAGAACAUGAAGGUGUGGGUUUGUUCUGCCAAAAUUUAUUGGACUCCCCUUUAUGUCAUACACUCCCUGUGUUAUAUUGGGGAUACAGAAAUAAAUGAAGCUUGGUCCCUGUCCUGAAAGCUACCAGGCUAGUUGAGAGGACGGUGGGGAGUUAUUUUCAGAGGGACAUGGCCAGUGCUGUGGUCACGGGAGAGAAGAGGAUGGAGCUGAGGAAACACAGGUCAAUGUUAAGCCCAGCAGACUAGAACCCAAGGCAGGAUUACUGGCACAGUGGGCAAAGCGAGUGCAAAUCAGGAACCUAAAGAAGUGGAAGCAGAUGUUCAGGGCCAAUAUGGCUACAGUGGAGGACAUUGUGGCUUUUUGGAUUCUUGCUUGCUUGGGGCUCACUUGAGACAACCAGAUUUAGGGCAGCUGACUGAAUCCAGAUUCCACCCAAUUUUUGGAAUUCUUCCCCCUAAUCAAGUGGCAGGGAAGGUCCUGCUCCUAAACAAGAACUUACAACCACCUCAGCAUGAGCAUCAACCAGUAUCCUUGUCAGGUGGCCCCCAUUCCUCUACAUUCCUGGAUGGUUUGGGAUCCCCCAAACUCUAAUGAUUACAUAAGAAGAGUGGCCCGCUCUCUCCGGUCCAUGCCUCCGAGAUGACAAAGAAAAGAAGGAACAACAGUCGUGCCAAAAAGGGCCGCGGCCACGUGCAGCCUAUUCACUGCACUAACUGUGCCCGAUGCGUGCCCAAGGACAAGGCCAUUAAGAAAUUCGUCAUUCGAAACAUAGUGGAGGCUGCAGCAGUCAGGGACAUUUCUGAAGCGAGCGUCUUCGAUGCCUAUGUGUUUCCCAAGCUGUAUGUGAAGCUACAUUACUGUGUGAGUUGUGCAGUUCACAGCAAAGUAGUCAGGAAUCGAUCUCGUGAAGCCCGCAAGGACCGAACACCCCCGCCCCGAUUUAGACCUGCGGGUGCUGCCCCAUGUCCCCCACCAAAGCCCAUGUAAGGAGCUGAGUUCUUAAAGACUGAAGACAGGCUAUUCUCUGGAGAAAAAUAAAAUGGAAAUUGUACUUAAAAAAAAAAAAAA